AUGGGCAUUUUCAAUGAACUUGCUUCUCUCAGGUGUCGCUUUUUCGCAUUACGAAAAGAUCAAACUCUUGCACAAGGGUCUCUCCACUGUCUACUUGAUGAAAAAAAAAACAAUCAACAAGUGAUUCUCAAAGAAAUUGCGUUAGAUGAAGACAGUUAUUAUUUAAUCAUUACUGAGAUUACUAAUAUUCUCAGAUUGCAUCCACAUGAUCGAAUUGUGAAGGUGAAUGGAGUAUUUAUUGAUUCAGAAUAUUCAAAAGUAAAUAUUGAAAUGCCUUAUUAUUCGAAUGGAAAUGUGAGAGAUUACAUGACAAGUGAAAGAAAGAACCAUAUACAUCGCAGAGAGAAGAUGAGAAGAUUCAUGAGAGUAAUUAUCGAAACUCUUUAUUACAUCCAUUCAAAAGACAUUAUUCACCGUGAUUUGAAGAAUGACAACAUUCUCGUUGACAAAAAUGGAAAUUCUGUCAUCGCUGAUUUUGGAAGUAGCAAAAAACUUCAUGCAUUACUUACCAGCAGAAACACCAGAGGUGUCGGAACCUUUCAAUACAUGGCUCGUGAAGUUCUUAACAUGUCACAAGCUCCCAAUGAAAAAUCUGAUAUUUGGUCUUUGGGUGUGACCAUGUUGGAAUGUUGGUAUUUUUUGGAGAACAGAGAACGUGAGCUAUCUCCUAACUCUAUUAUUCAAUAUUGUGGUGAAAAUAAGGUCCAAAUACCAAAACCUGAUGAAGAUGAUCAACAUGGAAAUUUAUUGAUGGAAAUGUUGGAUCACAUUUUCAACUGUGGAGAACCUCAUCAAAGACCUUCUGCAAGAGAAUUGUUAAACGAAAGAUAUUUCACAGAGUUAUUGACUGACAUGCUUGAACAACAAGGAAUUCAAUUCACCACUCCAGAAUCGAGAAUUCAUCAAUGGGAAUUCAAUCGUUAA